ACCGAUGAAAAAUUCAGGAAAAAGCUUUACAUUAAUCACCAAAAAGUAAUGACUCCUCUACUCAAAAUUCCGAAGCUGGAUAUGAUCGAAGACAUCGUUGUAGGCGAUCGCUUACACCUUAUUGAUCUAGGUGUUAUGAAACGUUUGCUUCUUGGUUGGAGGGAUGGAAUUUUGGGCUAUGAAACAAAAUUAUCAGCGUUCCAAAUUGCCAAAAUGUCUGACAUGUUGAUUGCAGUAAAACUUCCUUCUGAAAUUCAUCGGAAGCUUCGUGGAAUGGAUCAUUUAGCAUUCUGGAAAGCAUCGGAAUUCAGCAGUUUUUUGCAUUACGCCAGUAUAGUGGUGCUUAAAGAUUUUCUGCCAGUCGAUAACUACAAUCACUUCCUACUUUUGUUUUGCUCAAUUACAAUGUUGUCUUCAAACCACUACAAAUCAAAUUGGACCGUUGCUAGAAAAAUGCUUCAAACAUUUGUAAGUCAAUACAUGGAGCUCUAUGGAGAGCAAUUUUUAACGAGCAAUGUCCACAAUCUCAUACAUAUCGUUGACGAAGUUGAACGUUUUGGGCCGUUAUCAACAAUAUCAGCAUAUCCUUUCGAAAACGCUCUACAACGGAUAAAACAUCUCCUUCGAAGUGGCUGGAAGACCUUAGAGCAAGUUAUUAAUAGAUUGUCGGAAAUCAACUCAUCGGAAUAUUAUACAAGAAAACCAUCAAAAACGCUAAAUCAAAAUUUUCCGAAUAUUAGAACCUGUGGAAAGGCGAAGGUUCUUGAUAUAAAUGAAACUUUUAGCUUGAGCAACACCGAUAAGAACGCUUGGUUCCUGACCAAUGACAAUCAAAUUGUACGCUUUGAGAAUGUUGUGGAGUCCAAUAAGUUGAUAAUUAAUGGAAGGCAGUUAGCUUUACAAGAAGACUUUUUUAUUUAUCCGUUCGCUUCAUCUUUUCUUUACAUAUAUGUAGGACAUCUCCGGAGUUUAUCUAAAGAAUAUUCUAAGCUGAGUGUCGAUGACAUUAAAUGUAAAUUAGUUUCGAUUGAGCAUAAAGAUAAACGUGUUUUUGUUCCUCUUGUCCAUACAAUAAUUCACAGAUAA